AUGAGGCUGAGUAUCUGCCUGCUCGCCUUAUUGCUGGGCUGUAAUGUCACCGCAGAAAUACUCCAUGAAAUAGUUAAAGAAAAGACCUCAGCCACUCUACGUUGUCCUCACUCUGUGGAGGGUGAAGUGACAUGGAGUAGAGAGAGUCAUGGAAACAAAGUUGACAUACUAACAGUUAGAGGUGACGGAGACUUAAAACACAUUCAUGACCCGGGCAAUCGGUACAGUUCAUUGGCAGAUAAAUCACUGAUCAUUCACAAAGUAACCAUCUCAGACUCUGGAAGAUACUUGUGUAACAAUGAACCAGCUGUGGAGCUGACAGUGAUCCCAUCAGGAACAAUCAGAGAUGAUGCUACAGAGGGGACCACCAUCACUCUGACAUGCCCUCAUGAUGUUGGAGGAUCACAUACCACAUGGAGCAGAGGCUCUGGUGAUAUACAACAAGAAAAAGGGUUUUAUGUUUCACCUAUAGACAACACAUUGACUAUAACAAGCGUGCAGCUUCGUAACUCUGGACUUUACUACUGUGAUGGAAAACCUGCUGUGUAUCUGACUGUGAUCAAAGGUCACUCUGAAGGUACCAAGACACCAACAACCUUAACAACUAGGCCUACGCCCAAAACAAGACAGAUUUCAGCAGCGACACCAUCAAAAGCUACAGCACCUACCCCUGCAACAAAAACUGUACAAUCAACACCACCUUUGAGAACCACCACUUCUACAGAUACAACUACAACAAAGAAAAAGCAUCAGAACAGGAAACAUGGUGAAAAGGACAAGAAGAGAGGUAAGAAGGCAUCAACACCAAUGACAACAACAACAACAACAACAACAACGACAACAACAACAACAACAGGAACAUAUGAAUCUGCUUCUAAAGAACAUCAACCAGUUCUUCGUUUGGUGUGUGGAGUAGUUUUCUCCUUUCUUGUUCUCGUCAUCAUCAUCAUCUUCAUCAUCUACUUCACUCAGAGACGCAGGUUGAAAAGACGAGCAAAUGAAAGAUUUCACGUCUAUGACGAGAUACAGGAUGGAUUUUUGUUGCAGCCAACAAAUGGUGGAGGAAGCUUGGCAGAACCAACAGCCACAUACUGCAUGGCAGGUUUUUCAGCUGGAUCAAACCAAAAUGAUCCUUCGUACUCAACCAUCCCAGUUCUCCCUCCAGUGCAGAAGAAGACCAACACAUCUCUACGUAUGGAGUCCCCAUAUUCCUUGACUGGCAACACUUUCACUGAUGAAAAAAAUAAAGGUUCAUCACAGCUCAGUGACAACACGUAUUUUUUACUGGAGAAACCCAAAGCGCCUGGAAACAACAAGGACCAAUAUCUGUAGUUUGACCUCAAUAUUGUGCUGUUGUCACGUAAAAAAAAAAUAUUGUGAGAAAAAUGUUUAGCUCCCUGUUCUGGAAGUUGAGAUUAAAAUGGCUACUGACUUUUAACAUGUGUCCCGACUCUAGAAAUGCAGGAUUGGACCCAACUGCAGACAAAUCAGGCAGACAGGAUCAGUUCAGUGAUUUACUGAAGGCAUGUGGAUUACUAGCAGAUUCAGGUACUUGGUCCAAGUCUAGGUCAGGUUCUGGUUCUGGUGGCUCCCAAGCAAAGGCAUGAAGGAUGUCAACUCUGUCAAAUGAGCAACUGACUGGGGAAAAGAAGCUGGUAUAUGCUGCGGGUCUGAUUCGGGAAAGUGGCGACAGAUGAGCAGGUGAAUGAGAGUCAGCUGAAAGGGGGAAGGUCUUAGGACAUCUGGUGGACAGGUAUAGGACAGCAGGUGUGCAGAUUUAACGGAGAGGAUAUAGCCUUGGACCAUGGACAUAGAUAUCUAGAGUAAUGUGUUAGCUCAUUGCAGCAAUACGUCAAUGUUGCCACCAUGUUGGACUUGCCUGUAAAUAAAUGGGGAAGCUGUGGUUUUUCUCGAUAAAAACGCAAUAAUGUUGAAAUUCUCAAGCAAUUUCAAUCAGUUGCUUUUAUAUUCAUGGGU